ACACGUGGUCUGGCGACCCACCGCCAUGUCCCCCUCCCGCCCUCCCAUGACUUUUGUUAAGUUUUUUUUCUUGGACAUCUGGUAUCUGUCCUUAAGGGAGGGGCUCUGUCAUGUCUGUAUUAUCAUGUUUUGUUUUAAGUCAUGUUUUGUUUAGUUUCUGUCUUUUCACUUCCUUGUCUGGUCACCAUAGCAACCAUUAGUUUUCACCUGUCACGUCACGCACCUGUUUCACGUUUUGACUCACACACACCUGUCACCAAUCAUGUCACUGUUAUUUAAGCAUACCUUGUUCAUCACUCGUCCUGCCUGCAUUGUCGUUAUGUCACUCCGGUUCAGGUCUCGUUUUGACAAAGGGCGCACGGGAGCCCGCGGGCGCGCGUGCACGGUGCGGCGUGCGCAUUCACGCGGGAGAAGAGCACACGGGCCGGUGUCGAGCAGCAGCGAGCAGGAUGGAGGUCCGACCUGACAGGUUCAAGGCGGUGGCGGCCAAAACUUUGGGCAGAAUUAACAGGUUGAUUGACAAGCAGCAGCCUAAUGGAGAAACCAUCGAGCUGUCAGCGGAGGGCCGUCCAGAGCUGGUGCAGGAGAAGGAGCUGCCCGUGGUGGAUUGUACCUGCUUUGGCUUGCCCAGGCGUUACAUCAUCGCCAUCCUAUCUGGCCUAGGCUUCUGCAUCUCCUUUGGCAUCCGCUGCAAUCUGGGCGUGGCCAUUGUGAGCAUGGUCAACGACCACACUGUCUACAAAGGAAACAAGGAAGUGCUGGUGGCUGCACAGUUCACUUGGGACCCGGAGACAGUGGGCAUGAUCCACGGCUCCUUCUUCUGGGGCUACAUUGUCACGCAGAUCCCAGGAGGUUUUAUAUGUCAAAAAUUUGCAGCCAACAGAGUGUUUGGCUUUGCCAUCGUAGCCACGUCCACCCUGAACAUGUUGAUCCCAUCUGCUGCCCGCUGCCAUUACAGCUGCGUCAUACUGGUUAGAAUAUGUCAAGGCCUUGUUGAGGGUGUGUCAUACCCUGCCUGCCAUGGGAUUUGGGCCAAAUGGGCUCCUCCACUGGAGAGAAGUCGAUUAGCCACAACGGCCUUUUGUGGGUCCUAUGCAGGGGCAGUGGUGGCCAUGCCUUUAGCUGGGAUACUGGUGCAAUACACUGGGUGGCCUUCUGUCUUCUACGUCUAUGGCACCUUUGGGAUAUUUUGGUACAUGUUCUGGGUCCUGGUGUCUUAUGAGAGUCCAGCUGCCCAUCCCACCAUCACCCCAGAGGAGAGGAAGUACAUUGAAGAUGCAAUCGGGGAGUCUGGGUCAUUUCUCAACCCUCUGCAGAAAUUCAAGACCCCAUGGAGGCACUUCUUCACCUCCAUGCCAGUCUAUGCCAUCAUUGUGGCCAACUUCUGCAGGAGUUGGACCUUCUACCUGCUGCUUAUCAGCCAGCCGGCCUACUUUGAAGAAGUGUUCGGCUUUGAGAUCAGCAAGGUGGGCAUGGUGUCAGCUUUGCCGCAUUUAGUGAUGACCAUCAUCGUUCCUUUAGGAGGACAAUUGGCCGACUACCUCAGGACACACAACCUAAUGACCACCACCAACGUCAGGAAGCUCAUGAAUUGUGGAGGGUUUGGGAUGGAGGCCACCCUCCUGUUGGUGGUGGGAUAUUCGCACACUAAAGGCGUCGCCAUCUCCUUCCUGGUCCUCGCCGUCGGCUUCAGCGGCUUCGCUAUCUCAGGUUUUAAUGUCAACCACCUGGACAUCGCCCCUCGUUACGCCAGCAUACUGAUGGGCAUCUCAAACGGGGUGGGGACAUUGUCAGGAAUGGUGUGUCCUCUCAUCGUGGGCGCCAUGACUAAACAUAAGACCCGCGAUGAGUGGCAGUACGUCUUCCUUAUAGCGUCCUUGGUUCAUUAUGGAGGAGUCAUUUUCUACGGACUCUUUGCAUCGGGGGAAAAGCAGGUAUGGGCCGACAUCGAGGACACCAGCGAAGAGAAGUGCGGCAUCAUCGACGAAGACGAGCUGGCCAACGAGACGGAGGACCUCUACCGUGGCGGCGGUGGCCAGUACGGCGCCAUGAGCCAACAGGCGGUCGGUACAAACGGCGGCGGAGGAGGCGGCCCUGGAUGGGUUUCGGACUGGGAUAAGUCGGAGGAGUACGUGCAGCCGCCUGGGUACAACUCAUACACGAGCAGGGGCGUCGAGGAGAAGAAGCUGACGUAGGAAAAAAAACUGAUGCAACAAAUAUUAAUCAAGGAGGGAGGUUGUAAGUCACUGCAAAACAGGAAGAACUUGCUGUGUGCGUUUGCACAAUGACAAAAGUAUAAUUUUUCUGUGUGCGUGUGUGUUUGUGUGUGUGUGGGUGUGGCUACAUUUGUGUACGUCAGUGCUAAACAAAAUACAUCAACACGUACACUAUUUAUUUGCUCAUCUCAUCGCCCACGCCUCCUUUUUGGAGCUUGGCUCGCUGUGAUUGGUCCAUUUCCAUGACAUCACAGAAGAGGAAGUACAGCAACACCUUUCUCUUACACUGUUCCCAUUGUGUUGUAUUUCAUAUUGUAACAUGUUUUUAUUUUUAUUGUUAGGGAAUCUACUUAAAUCACGGGUGUCCAAACAUUUUCUGCAAAGGGCCAUUUCGUUAUUUUUCAUUUGCAAAGCCACUACGAUAUCGGGAUUUUUUCAAGCAGUAUUUUUUAACCAUAACCACCGUUAAUGGGCCGCCAAAAAAUAUCUGUUUCUCAGGUGUGGUUUGUAUGGGCCACAGCUUUCCUCAGUUGUAGUACACUUUUCCACCACCUGUGAUAGUAAUGAUAAUCGCAAACAAAUAGAAGAAGUCUGGAGCUAAAGUGAGAGAAGCUUCUUAAGCGCAAUAUUCAUGAUAACGUGGUGAAUUUUAUUGAUAGUUCAGUUAAGAAACAUAAUAAUGUAGUUUAUUAACAUAAUUGAAAGUAAAUGUAUUUUUCGGCAGUUAUUUAUGAGUCCCUUCUUUUGCAGUAUUUUAGGUUUGUACUUAAUUUUCUAAUCAGCCUGACCUCAGCCUAAGGUUUAGUAAUACUCUUUGUGAUUAAUACAUGGUUUCAUAUCAUUUGACAAGGUUGCAAACUGUAAGUAGGUUAGAUAUAAUUAUUGAAUACCAUUAAAAUCUAGAGUAAGAUUACCGUACUAAUUCAAUGUUAAUUUUUGAAUUUUCCACUCUGCAGUGGAAAAGUUGGACCCCGAGGUUAAGAACACCUCUACUAAAGAAGAAAGAAAAAAGCUGCAUUUGGGUUUUUUGUUUUUAUUAGGGGUGUUUGAUAAUUCAAUAUCCAAUAACGUUUAAAAAAAUACAUAGUUAAAAAAAAUAAAAAAUUGUAAAUGUUCAAAUGAGGGCAGAUUACCCAUACUGUGGUGCAGGUGGGUUAGGGUGCGCUUGUAUUGUAAACUUCCCCUGAGCUCAUAGUAAACAAACGUAACGUCGAUCGUAUGAGACUUUGUCGCGGUUUCUGAGGAAGAAGACAUUUCGAGUGUUAUUUGCACCAAAUGAAAAAUGUUUGCUAGCGUAAAAAGACGCCUGCUGCUAAAAAGAAGCUGUCCCAAAGAUAGGUGCGAACAAAGUACAGUCUAAAUAAAAUAAAAUAAAAAUAAGUUCAGUGUCGUCCUUGAGAAGCAAGUUUUUAGCGUCAACAUUUCAGCUUUUUCUCACUACUUUACACCUAUUUGUUCUUUUAUCCCACUUUUUAUGUGUUUUUUGUAUACUCUUUUUAGAAUGUGUGGCGGCCUGCUAAAUUUUUUUGCUGCACUUUGGACACCCCUAAUUUUAAUGCAAAACUGUUAUGAUAAACAAUCAUCAAGGGGUAAAAAAGGUGCUUAUUUGUUGCACUAUGACAGGCCUCAUUUCAUGUGCAUAUUUGACACAUGCUGGAGCUUGUGCACAAACAUGUCUACAUGACACUCACCCGAGUCUGACCUAACUGGGUCAUACCCAUCUAGGCUCAUGGGUCACAAGGCACGUAUCCCGACUAAAUCAUCCGACACUCGGGCCGGGAUGUCAGGUAAAGGAUGGUCAAAACACGGUGUGUGUUUUUCCUUUUUCUGUCCUCACUGCUUUGUUUUCCUCCAUCAAAGCAGUUCUUUCUAGUACCCAAACAAAGGGAGGGGGGACAUUCGAAUUCAGUGUGUGAGGUUGUCUAUGUGUGUGUGAUAGUGACUGUGCUGUUGUGUCGGUUGGGUACAGGUGCUGAAACCUUGUGCAGUGAGCAUGUUGUAAUGAGCACAGCAGUGCACCCCCACCUCCUUCCCUGUACUCUUUAACACAAGGUGGUCUCACUCAAAUGCACCAUGCGUGCAGGGAGAGUGGCGGCACACUGUAUUUGGCACACUUAAUGAAACAUUUUUUUUUUUCUUAUUUUUUUUUUAAAGUGUGGGUUUUUUUGUAUACCCCCUUUAAAGCAGUGAUGCAUUGGCAGCUGGGUAAUAGAGUCGAGGGGAGCUCUGUGCACCAGCACAUAGACAGAGCCAAGAGACUCAAGACAGGAAGGAUACAAAAACACUGCAUGCACUCACAAGUCGCAAUAAUGCACAGGCAUCGCUUCAAAGUUAAAGGUGAUUUGAUCUCAUUCUCUGGGGAGCAAAAUACACUGCAGGAAUGUUUUUUUUUUAAGUAUUUAUUUAUUAAAUUUUUAAAGUUAAAUAUUAUAACAAUAUGAAUGAUAAUUCUGUGAAAACUUUUCAGUUGUCAAUGUUGUAUUUGUGUAUUUUUAAUGGACUUUCUUUUUUGACUCAUAGUUUAUUCCAUUGCCGUCUUCCUUGCUCCUAAUGAGAUGUGUUAAAACUUAAUGGGAAAUUGGUGAAAAUAUUUUAAGAUUGAAAAAAAAAAAUGUGUACGAAGGAUGUAAAUGUGAAAUAUCCUGGUGUAUAAUAAAAUUUAGGCAGCAAUUUAAA